GUGACGACACUAAUCCCCAAGUUAACAAUCCCAGGGCCCCGCCGUCCUGCUCCACACACGGACUCCUGUGACUUUCGGCAGCGCCCAGCCUCUUCCAUCCCCAGUGAGUACGUAGCGGCUCUAAACAACUGAAGAAAUGGCUGUCYUGAGUGGAACGUUCCGUAUGGUGUCGGAGGAGGAGCAGGCUCUCAGGGCCAAGCUUGAGCGCCUCACGGUCAAGGACCACGGUCCCGUGUUCGGACCCUGCGCCAAGCUGCCUGACCACACAGUGCAGAAGGCCAAGGAUGAGUUGAAUGAGACAGACGAGAAGCGGGCGUUGGCGGUCAAGGAGCUGAGGGGAAUAAUCAAGGAGACGGCGGAUGCUGGGGACGACCUGGCCAAGGGGGUGCUGGAAACCUUCAGAGAGAAGCCUGACGGCAUGCUGGUCCGCUUCAUCCGCGCCAGGAAAUACGACGUGCCCCGAGCCUUUGACCUCAUGAAGGGUUACGUGCGCUUCAGGAGAGACUACCCUGAGCUGUUUGAGAACCUGACCCCCGAGGCUGUCCGCAGCACCAUCGAGGCCGGCUACCCAGGCAUCCUGUCCAGCAGAGACAAGUACGGCCGCAUCGUGCUGCUCUUCAACAUCGAGAACUGGGACUACGAAGAGAUCACCUUCGACGAGAUCCUCCGUGCCUACUGUGUAAUCCUGGAGAAGUUGCUAGAGAACGAGGAGACUCAGAUCAACGGUUUCUGCAUCAUUGAGAACUUCAAGGGCUUCACCAUGCAGCAGGCCUCCGGCAUCAAACCCACUGAGCUCAAGAAGAUGGUGGACAUGUUGCAGGACUCCUUCCCGGCCCGGUUCAAAGCGGUCCAUUUCAUCCACCAGCCCUGGUACUUCACCACCACCUACAACGUGGUCAAGCCACUCAUGAAGGGCAAGCUGCUGGAGAGAGUGUUUGURCACGGAGACGAGCUGGACAACUACUACAAGGAGUUUGACGCCGACAUCCUGCCUUCCGAGUUCAACGGCAAGAACUCCAAGUACGACGGRAAAGCCAUAGCAGCCAAGCUGUUCGACUGAACACCCCCUCCUCAUCAUCCGCCACUCCUCCAACCAGACUGGGACCUCCACACAAAACACAGACAGAAACUAUGAAAAACAUAGGAGUGUGGCUUUAUUAGAAAAUAAUGUAAAAGAUGGGUGUGGUAUUGUACUGUUGUUGUUUUCCAAGAGUUAUUAAGUAUUAAACACCCAACAAAGCCCUCCCAACAGCACAGAGAGGACUAUAUAGCCUUGGCUCAGGCCUUACCUGAGACACUUAACAGCCCUAACCAUGGAGCUUUUCUCUGUGUAACCCAUGUCUGCAACCUGGACUCAGGGGUAGAGGUAACAUAUAGUAAAUGUAAAAAUGGGACACUCCAAUUCGUAUGGUAUGUAUUA